AUGUUGUGCUCAAAGGCCCUCGCUGUUGUGGGUUUAUAUGCCACGAUUGCGUCAGCAGCGUCUUGCCGGACACAGAGCUACCGAGGCACUGUGUACAAGAAAGGCUCGGCUUCUGAGUGUACUGCAUUGGCGAACGCUGUCUGUCAGGCUGGCCAGAGUCAGGAAAAGAUGCGAUACAGUUACGAUGGGGAUAAUUACAAUGAGGGUAACGGAUGCGCAAUCGCAGUAGGUGCCCACAGAGCCCCAAAUACCUUAGACCAUUCUGACGAAGCUUUAGGUUACAUGCUGCACAAGGUAGCGCAGCCUUUCGCUGUGCCCAAGAACAGUUGUUUGAUGCUCCACGAAGAGCGAGACCUACGCAACUAA